AUGGCGGGAACUGCAACCUUCAGUGUCUCAUAUUCCACUCCUAUCUCCAAGGCUUCAUCUGCACUUAGCUUCUCUUCAAGACCAUUUCUUCUACCAAUGCGUUGUACCCUCAAAACCCACUCUUUUCCCAGAAUUCUCAAUGCUUUUUCCACUUACCCACUUCAUUUAACACACUCCCCUCGCAGAACUCUCAGGAUUCACGCUUUGGCCAGUAACGAUGUCAAAGUUGGUACGAACCUUGAAGUUGAUGGAGCUCCGUGGAAAGUUUUAGUUCUUUAUGUGAAACCUGGAAAAGGGACUGCAUUUGUGAGGACCAAAAUGCGCAAUUAUAUCACUGGCAACACUGUGGAGAAGACGUUUCGAGCCGGAAGUCCGAAUGAGGAGGCAGAUGUUUUCAAGGAACAAAAGCAGUACACAUACAAAGAUGGUUCCCAAUAUGUUUUCAUGGACCUGACCACGUUUGAAGAAGUCCGUCUAAGUGAGGCAGAGGCAGGCGACAAGACAAAUUGGUUGAAAGAGGGUAUGGACUGCUAUUUGUUCUUUUGGGACGGAAAGGUAUUUACGAAAUCCGUGCUCAAGAAAGUGUUAUUGUAGCCAUCUGUGUUUUAUGUAUACUUAUCAGCACCCGGUAAUUAGUAGCAAAGAUUAGCAACAUAUCCACUUCGUUGUCGGUUAUUGAUUUUGAGCUCCAAUCACGGUUCAGCUUAAAGUGGUCGACGUUGACCCCGGUCUCAAAGGCGACACAGCUUCAGGUAAUGUGAUAUAGGUUCUCAUCAAGAUCAUCCCCUACCCCAUCAUGUUACUGAUCUAAACUGUAAAUUUCAACCAUCCGUAACUUAUGAAAUGCAAAGGGUGAGUAAGUGCUUAAACUUGUGUCUUGAACUGAAAGUAAUGUGGGUAUAUGGACUCUUUCUUUUACUCUUGUUGUUCGGACUCUUUUAAGUACUCGUGUCUCUCACUUGUGUUCAACAUAACCCCAUAUUUGACACUCACGCGCGCCGAGUAAAUA